AUGCGCCUCGGAGCGGCAGGUGUGACGUGGCAUUCCGCCAGGUCGCGAACACAGCAGCGACGCCUGCUGGGGGCUCAGCUGUCACGGACGCAGCGGAGGUGCCAGGUGUACAUACAGGUGGCUGGCGGAAGCCCAGAGUCACUCCCGUCUACCGACUACUGUCUGGAGCCGGAAAACGUCUACAUCUACACUCCCCAUCACCUCAACCGACACCACCUCAACCGACACCACCUCAACCGACACCACCUCAACCGACACCACCUCAACCGACACCACCUCAACCGACACCACCUCAACCGACACCACCUCAACCGACACCACCUCAACCGACACCACCUCAACCGACACCACCUCAACCGACACCACCUCAACCGACACCACCUCAACCGACACCACCUCAACCGACACCACCUCAACCGACAUCACUUCAACGACAUCACUUCAACCAACAUCUGCAGAGUCGGAACUUGCUGCUCGAAGUGA